UUUCUCAGAUAUGGAUGUUUCAACUUCUGUUAGUUCAAUUGAUUUACCUGGUAUUGAGGAGAAAGAUGGCCUUUCCAUGGAAGCUUUUGCUAAAGUUCAAGAGAUUUUCAGCAAUUUUGAUUGGCUAUCUCCAAAGACAGCUGUAGCAAAUAUGUUUCAGCAUAUCUCAGUAUCAAAUAUACUACAAGAAGAUUUUGAGACAGAUUCCCCCAAGGGUAUGGAAAGAGUCAGUGUCUUGCAUGAUGAUAAAGUCAAGGAGAAAUCAAAAUUACAGGUACCAGAACACAUAAUCGCAAUUCCAACAUCUGCUGCUUUGGAGAAACAAUCUACAUUCUCUUUUAAACCAUCCUUCGAUGCAAAUUCAACUAGAAAGAAGUUUGAAUCACAAGAAAUCCAGGUUGCACCCCAAAAGCAUGUACAGCCUACACCCUCUUUUGGAUCAUCUUCAGAUACAAGCCCAAUUGAGGGGAAAACUGAAUUGCCAGAACUUCAAGUUGCUGCACAAGAAGCAGAACAUUCUAAGACCUCUAUUCAACCAUCCCCAGAAGCCAAUUCAAUUAGCAGGGAAGUAAAAACUCAAGAACUUCAAGUUUCUCUGCGACAACCUGCACAAUCUACGUCAUCGUCCAAACCAACCCUGGAUAUAAAUUCAAUCAGAAAGAAAAUUGAACCCCAAGAGCUUCAGGUUGCUCUUCAAUGGCCUGCACAACCUAAGAUCAUAUCACAGCGAAUACCUCAGUCUUCAAUCUCUUCUCCAGUUUCAUAUUGCAAUUCCUUGCAAGGUUCACCUGUGCCAAUAUCAAGAUACCAUAGUGCAUCUUCAGUUCUUGGCAUUACAGCUCUAUUGCAUGAUCAUGCUGUAUCUAAAAGUGAUGAACACAUUCAUCCGGUGACAUUACCUUUAUCUUCCUCAGCUAUUUCAUCUCCUUUGUCAAAUACACCUAAACCUCUGCAACUUAGUCUUGCAAUUACUUCACCAAAUCCUCCUUCACUUGGUACACAAGUUACUAGUGAAACUUCCCUAAUAGCAAAAGCUUCUCCAAAUCUUUCACUUCAAGUGACCUUAAAAGCAACGCAUACCGAACAUCCAGGAACCACUUCAUUUUGUAGAGGUCAGUCAUCAUUUGUUUCUCCCCCUUCUCCAUUACCUUCUCUUUCAGGAGCAUCUUCUGCCAUGGAGAACUCUAAUUCAGGCCCAUCUUCCACUUCUCAACCCCUUUCUUUUCUGGUAGUAUCUCCUCCUGCAGCCAAAAACUCAUACCAGUCUCCUCCACCUUCCUUUUUAGGGGCAUCUCCAUCACCCUUGGUUAAGAACUCACUCCAAUGUUCUCCUCCCCUGCCUUCCUCUUCUAGUGCAUCUUUAGCACCCACAGUCAAGAACUUAUUCCAGUCUCCCCCUCCCCCACCCCUUCCUCCUCCACUGUCGGGAAUUUCUCCAUCUUCUACUGUAAAGAAUUCGUUUUCAGCUCCCCCUCCUCCACCACUCCCUGCUGUUGCUUCCUCUUUCUCAGCCAUCUGCUCGAUUUCUUCUCAACCACAGCUUCGGACAUCCGGACCUCCUCCACCACCUCCACUUCCCCUACAUUCUGGAUCUGUCUCGGAUCCUACUAGUAAAUACUCAGUGCCACAGCCACCCCCUCUCCCAUGUCUUGCUCCAAAGGGUCCAUCAAAUAGCUCUCCACAUGUUCCACCUGUGCCACCUCCUCCAGUCCCUUGUGCCAAACGGUUAUCUAAAGCAGGUGGUACCUCUCCACAGUCACACUCAGUAAGUAAUGGCAAUAUACCUUCAAUUCCAGGACCACCUUAUGGUGCUCCUUUGAAUUUGAAGGGACAGGGCAUAUCACGUACAGGUCCUAAAAAUCAGGCUCAACACAGAAGGUCAAACUUGAAGCCAUAUCAUUGGUUGAAGUUGACGAGGGCCGUGCAAGGAAGCUUAUGGGCUGAGGCACAAAAACCUGAGGAAGCUUCCAAGACUCCAGAAUUUGACAUGUCAGAACUUGAGAGUCUUUUCUCCGCAGCUGCACCAAAUUCAGAUAAUAGUAGCAGGGAUAGGAAAUCAAAUCAUCAUGCCUCAGGCUGCAAAUCUGAGAAAGUCCAGCUGAUUGAGCUUAGGCGGGCUUAUAAUUGAAUCAUGCUUACUAAAGUUAAAAUUCCUUUGCCUGAUUUGAUGAGUUCAGUCCUUGCCUUAGAUGAUACAGCAUUAAAUGCUGAUCAGCUUGAGAACCUUUUUAAGUUUUGUCCCACCAAAGAAGAGACGGAAUUACUCAAGGGUUAUGAUGGAGAUAAGGAAAACUUGGGAAAGUGUGAACAGUUUUUCCUAGAAUUGAUAAAAGUGCCACGGGUAGAGUCAAAGCUAAGAGUUUUCUUAUUCAAGAUACAAUUCUGUUCCCAGGUUUCUGACCUUAGAAAUAGUUUGAAUAUUGUAAAUUCUGCAGCCGAAGAGGUGAGGAAUUCAGUCAAAUUGAAAAGGAUCAUGCAAAUUAUUCUUUCUCUGGGAAAUGCUUUGAACCAUGGAACUGCAAGGGGUUCUGCUGUUGGUUUUCGGUUGGAUAGUCUCCUUAAACUCACUGACACACGAGCUCAAAAUAACAAGAUGACUCCCAUGCAUUAUCUUUGUAAGGUCCUGGUCAAUAAUUUGCCCGAAGUACUUUAUUUUCCAAAAGACCUAGUGACUUUGGAAGCUUCAACAAAGAUACAAUUGAAAUAUUUGGCAGAGGAAAUGCAAGCCAUUAGUAAAGGGUUGGAGAAAGUUGUACAAGAAUUGACUGCCUCAGAAAAUGAUGGUCCUGUAUCUGAAACUUUUUGCAGGACUUUAAAGCAGUUCCUUAGUUUUGCUGAGGGUGAAGUCAGGUCUUUGGCUUCGCUUUAUUCUAGUGUGGGUAGAAAUGCAGAUGCCUUGGCUCUUUCUUUUGGAGAAGACCCAGCACGUUGCCCAUUUGAGCAAGUUGUGUCUACUCUGCUCAACUUUGUGAGGAUUUGCAAGCAGCUUGAAUUGGAAAAGAAGAAAGCACAGAAGGAGGCAGACAAUGAGAAGCUGAAAAAUAGUACUCACAUGAAGGAGUCUGAACACUUGAUAUGAAGUCCAUUCAAGUGUGCCGAUAUUCAAUGAUAGACACUUAUAAGCUCCAUAUUUCUAUCGGUUAACAUGGCAUUCUGAUUCUCCCAUAUGAAAAUAAGUACAAUUUUGCUCCAUGGAGGGAAAUCACUUGGAAGCUUAUAGCACGAAUUACUGCUGGCAAGUCACUGUUAUCAUGUCACGGAGAGGAAUGUAUCUUGCAUAAUGCAACAACAAGAAUAAGGAGCUAUAAAUUAAAACGCAGGUGGUGCAUGGCGGGGCCAGAUGCCAAUUUCAAAUAGUAAGGCUAUUCUAAUUGCAUUUUUGGUUCGGACAUUUAGGCCAUUUCUGAAUUCUAUACCUGCUAAUUCGGUUUUUAACAUGCUUUCUGGUUUUGGAGCAGAGCUGAUGGAUGGAGUCCUCUCAAGCCACUUGCAUCGUUACCUCUUAAAAAUUUUGUUGUUAAAAUGUAGGUUACAUAAUAGUUUUAUUCUCAACAUAUUUAUUUUUUUAUGUAAAUUUUUAGUUAUAGGAAUGUAAAUGUCAAUAUGAUAUCUAUAUCGAGAUGAUUAGCAAGAUCAAAGUUUCCUCAUUCCAAAUUGUAUUGCACUUGGUUCAUUC